AGUCGAGUUCGUAUCCGCGGCCGAGAGGGACGCCAUCGUGCCGUUCGCAGAAAUACAUCGAUAUCGACAUUCAUACUUUCGCAUCUCUAAACUUUUAAUAAUUUUGUUGAAACAGAACAGCUUAGUAGUGAUUAGUGUUUUGUGAACAAUAAUUGGAUUAGUUGUGCAAGUUUCUGAACUUUUAUCGUUCGAAUUUUGUUUUCCCGGUUGCAAAUGGAGCGAGGACAAUAAGGAGAAUGGACAAUGAGUUUACAGUGCUAAUUGUAGAUACCACGAAUUAAAAUGUCUAACAAAUCGCAUACGCUCUUGGAGAUUUUCCAAGAGAUCUUAGCGGCGCCUGGAAAUGCUUCGGAUAGUGGUAUCAAUGAGACUCAGAUAGUGACCAUGUUGAGGGAACAGGCCGGGAGAGGGGGGAGGGGGGAUGAGAUGGAGUCGCUGCUGGUGAAGAUGAUGAAGGACGCUAAAAACAGACUGAACUUGACCUUGAAGCCGGAUACUUGUGGAUACUGUGAGGGCGACUUUCGUGAUGUGAUAAUGGCGUAUAAUAGUAUUCACGGCUAUGUCAGCUUACUGGUGUGCACAAUAGGAGUAUUAGCGAACACAAUGAACAUAGCAGUGCUGACUCGCAGAGACAUGGCGGCAGCUCCCAUCAACCGUCUGCUGAAGUGGCUGGCUGUAGCUGAUGUCUUCGUUAUGAUAGAAUAUGUACCCUUCGUUAUUUAUCGACAUUUGGUCUUGCCGGAGAAAUUGGAUUUCCCGUACUCCUGGGCUAUGUACUUGUUGUUCCACAUGCACUUUGCUCAAAUACUGCACACCGCGUCAAUUUGUCUGACUCUCUCGCUGGCUAUAUGGAGAUAUUUGGCGAUAAAGUACUCGGACAAAAGUCAUAUUCUGUGUACGGAACGAAGAUGCAGUAUUGCGAUAUUGACCAGCUUUAUAUUGCCGCCUAUACUGUGCGCGCCGACCUUUAUGGUUUUCGACAUACACACAAAAAACGUGACUGACCGUUUUGGAAACCCAGACAUUGCAUACCACGUGGACUCGGACUACGAAGGGACACUUUACCAAGCCAAUUUCUGGGUGCACGGCGUUGUGAUCAAGUUAUUACCAUGUUCCAUUCUUACUGUCAUUAGCGUCUGGCUAAUACGAGCGCUAUACAAUGCCAACCAACAUCAAAAGAAACUUAGGAACUAUAACGCUUGCCCCGCAGCUGAGAAAAUGGUGAAGAGGCAGAAUAAAGCAGACAAACGGACUGACAGAACAACGAAGAUGUUAUUAGCUGUGCUCUUACUAUUCCUUGUGACGGAACUGCCUCAAGGCAUUAUGGGGCUGAUGAGUGGAUUACUCGGCUGGUGUUUCUUCAAGCGAUGCUACGAUCUGUUCGGGGAGCUCAUGGACUUUCUGGCGCUGUUGAACGGAGCCAUCAACUUCGUGCUGUACUGCUCAAUGUCGAGGCAGUUCCGACAGACCUUCAGGCAGCUGCUUCUAGAACCACACCUGGCGAGGUUCCUGCCUCCCACAGCAUCGCAUUCCGACUCACACAACCAGAACACGUGCACUGAAAAGAUAAAAAGGUAACUACAGCCGAGCUUCAAUAUAAAUACGGAUAUUGCAAAGACAUCCGUGCCGUGAGGACGGGUGAAACACGGGAGUGUCCCAGUGGUACGAGAACAUUUUCUAUAGUGAAACACUCGCCCAAGCCAGUGCUUUAGAUGAUAAAUCAGUGUUCAGUGUCAAACGAAUGUGACGUCGAACGUCUUAGGGUUAACGCGAAGAACUUUCAGUUUGUUGAACGUUCACUUAAUGUAUGUAUAUAGCCCCGCUAAAGCAAGACUGGUUGAUUCAGUCAAUAUUGUAAAUAAGUCCUACCAAAGAGUUGUAUUACCAAAAUAGUGUCAAAAUAUUGCUUUUCUUUUAUUAGCUUUUUCUAUAUUGAGAAUCUGUUUUGUAUAGAAGUUAUUUUAUGCUUGCAAACGCUCAAAUUGAAUUUUAUGAUUAGUACUAUGUCGUUCGUUGUAUAAGAUUACUUGGUAAUAUUUGGUAUAAUGAAAUGAUAAUAUUAUAAGAUUGGCCUGUUGUCUAGUGUUGUUCCAAUGUGGAAAAUAAAUAUGGUAUUUUUAUGAAUAUUUGUAAUACCUUAAUAUAAAUUAUUACGAAGUAAAUUGAUCAAUUUGAAAUUAUCAUUAUUUCAAAUAACUGUGUCUCUUCUAACUUUAUCUUAUUCGAAAUAAUUUUAUUUUCAACUUUUAUUGAAAAUUAAAGAAAUGUUUUAUAGUAAA